AGGACCGGAUCGUCAUCGUCGUUGUGUCGUGCGUUACGCGCGCGUUCGGCCGCAAGAAAGAAGGACUUCUUCUUCUUGUUCGCGGAGCGUGCAACACCUGGCAGCAGCGGCCUCGGCGGGCACGGCGAUGGCACUGAGCGGCGACACGUCGCGGCCAAUUACGCGCUCGGCCGCGGUCGCCCUGGCCGCGGCGGCGGUGUUGGUCCUGCUCGCGGAUCGUCCGGCGGUUGCCCGGCAUCAGCACCGCUCCGGUAAUGGUCAAAAGUUGUCCGGUGACAUUUCCCUUUGGAUCGAUCAGCAGCAGAUCAAGAUGUUCAGCGGUCUGGCGAUGGAGAUCUACGCCAUCACGGAGGGCAGAGUGCUGUCUUACCUCCUGGACCCGGAAUUCGAGACUAAAGUGCCAAUCAUCCCGAGCGAGGUGUCAUACGUGAACUUCACGUGGAAGUCCGGGAUAAAGAAGUACCAUUACAACUUUUAUCGACUGAAGUCGUUCGACGAGACCAUCUUGAAGACUCCAUCCAUCACGAUCAAGACGCAAGGACGGGUGCCUAAGAGACCGAAAGAGUUCAGCGUUCUGCUGCCUUGCACCGGUAACAGUUCCGGCAUAGCGCAAUUCGGGAUCGGCCUGAUGAUCGAGACACGCAAGGGAAAGCCUUUAAACGGGACGCCCCUUCUUCUCAGCCUUAGGAAAGAAUGCACCGUGCGCGAGACUAAUUCCGGUCCGUGUCCAGACGGCUAUUUAGGCCCGCCGGACUGCAAGAAGGCGCUCUGUUAUCCAAACUGCAUGAACGGUGGCAAUUGUACGGCGCCCGGAAUAUGCUCGUGUCCGCCAGGAUAUCAAGGACCCUAUUGCGAAGGAGGUAUCUGUGAUCAAAAGUGCCUGAAUGGAGGGAAAUGCGUACAGAAGGAUGUCUGCGAAUGUCCCAAAGGCUACUUUGGCACACGCUGCGAAUUUUCCAAAUGUUUUGUGCCUUGCGUGAACGGUGGCAAGUGCAAGGGAAAUAACAUAUGUAGAUGCCCGUUGGGAUUCAAAGGAGAUCACUGCGAGAUCGGCAGACGCUCCUCGCAGCGGUCUACGUGCACGACAGCAUGCAGAAAUGGAACUUGUCAGACGGACAACACGUGUCUCUGCAAUAAAGGUUGGUUUGGGAAGUUGUGCAGCAAAAGAAAACCGUGGGCUUAGGAAGUGACAACAGCUAUCCUCAGCAUCAAUUUCUUCGCACCAACUGAGAAGACAUUUGAGCUCAUUUGUGUCAUUUGUAAAUUGCCAGAACUACAGCGCGAGAUCACAUUUACAACAUAUGUAUAGUAGGCUAUAUUUAAAGCGACGAGAACAAACUAUAUUGAUAGUUAGCAGAGAAUCUCUUGUGGUAGUAGAACGAUACAUGUAGGUUGUUCUGUUUUAUUUAAAAUGACAAUGAACGAGACAAAUGUGCAAGAGGAAUCCCAUCAAAAUUUGUCCCUCAACUAGUUUCGAUUGGUCACUGGGAUGUGAUCAGCUAUUUACUAUUAUUUAUAGUCUCUACCUUACUCUAUUUCAGAUGUGAUAUGUAAAGCUGCUUUAUGCCAGUUUAUAACAUUAUAUGUAUACUUAGUUAUUAAUACUUUUGUACUGUAGA